GAAGUCAUACAAUAUCUCAACUGGACUAAAGUGGGCCUGCUUUUUGAAAGCGAUUAUGGAGUUAUUCAGCUCUCCGAGGUAAUGCGGAUUCAUAAUUUAGAAGUUCAAGUCAGAGAGGUUAACUUAAAAACCUACGCUUAUGUUUUAAAUGAAUUUAAAAAUAAAGAAGUACAUAAUCUAAUUAUUGAUAUUAACGGAUCUAAUAUAGCAAUACUACUUAAGAAGAUUUUACAAAUGCAGAUGAUUGAAUACAAGUACCAUUAUCUGUUUACUAGCUUUGACAUUGAGACCUUUGAUUUGGAAGAUUUUAAACAUAAUUUUGUUAAUAUAACAGCAUUUAGAUUGGUUGAUGUGGAUGAUGUAGGUGUCAAAGAAAUAUUAAAGGAAAUGGAAAUGUAUGACAACAAUCUAAAACCAAAGGACAAAGAUAAUUAUCAGAAGUUGCGAACUAUUAAGUCUGAACCGGCAAUGAUUUACGACUCCGUCUACGUUUUCGCAAUCGCACUGCAAACUUUGAAGCAAUCGCAAAAAGUUCUCAUACAUAAUGUCUCCUGUGAAGAAGGGAAACCUUGGAACGGAGGUCUAAGUCUUAUAAAUUAUAUCAACUCGGUUGAAUGGCGAGGUUUAUCAGGACCAAUUCAGUUUGAGGAGGGCCAUCGAAUUCAGUUUAAAUUAGAUCUAAUAAAACUUAAACAGCAUUCCUUCGUUAAAGUGGGGGAGUGGUCACCACAAAAACUCCUAAACAUAACAAAUCCAUCGCUUUUCUUCGAAGCAGGUUCUAUGAAUGUAACAUUAGUUGUUAUCACUAUUUUGGAAACUCCCUAUGUUAUGAUGCACUAUGGUAAAAAUUUUACAGGAAAUGAGAGAUUUUAUGGAUUUUGUGUGGAUAUUUUAAAACAAAUAUCGCGUCAUGUUGGGUUUGAUUAUAUCUUAGACUUAGUACCUGAUCGCAAAUAUGGAGCAAAAGAUCCAAAUACUGGGGAAUGGAAUGGCAUAGUUUGGCAAUUAAUGAAAUAUAAAGCGGAUUUAGCUGUUGGGUCAAUGACUAUCACUUAUGCACGGGAAAGUGUCAUAGAUUUUACAAAACCUUUUAUGAAUUUGGGAAUAAGUAUUUUAUUUAAGGUGACAUCAAUUCCACCACCUCGUUUAUUUUCUUUUAUGAAACCAUUGGCCUUUGAUAUAUGGAUCUAUGUUUUGGCCUCUUAUGUUAUCGUAUCGCUAACAAUUUAUGUUGUUUCUAAGUUUUCACCUUUCGAGUGGCACAAUUCAAAACACUGUAACCUGAACACCGAUUUGCUAUAUAGUCAAUUCACAAUAGGAAAUAGUUUUUGGUUUACUGUUGGCACACUAAUGCAACAGGGAUCAGAUAUAAAUCCAAAGGCUUAUUCAACGCGUAUCGUUAGUUCAAUAUGGUGGUUUUUUACUCUUAUUAUUAUCUCAUCAUACACAGCAAACCUAGCAGCAUUUUUAACUGUUGAACGAAUGACGACACCAAUUGAAAAUGCGGAAGAUUUAGCCAGUCAAACAGAGAUUUCAUACGGCACCUUAGAAAGCGGUUCUACUAUGACAUUUUUUCGCGAUUCAAUGAUGGAAACAUACCAAAAAAUGUGGCGCAAUAUGGAUAAUAAAAAACCAUCCUCUUUUACUAGCACUUACGAAGAAGGGAUUAAACGUGUAAUUGAAG